CGGGGCCGGUCCGCGCCGGGUGGGAGGAGCCAGGCUGUGAAGAGGGGGGCGGCCCCGGAGCGGUGCUGCCGGGAUGGGAACUUGAGAGGAGAGCGAGUUCGUGUCCGGAGGAGCCCGGUUGCGGUCUCCCGCGGGGGGUUGUGCCCGCCAUGGAGCCGGUAACCAGGUGGAGCCCGAAGCAAGUGGUGGACUGGACGAAGGGCCUGGAUGAUUGCCUGCAGCAGUAUGUCCAUAAAUUUGAACGGGAGAAAAUAAAUGGUGAACAGCUAUUACAGAUUUCUCACCAGGACCUUGAAGACUUGGGUGUCUCACGGAUUGGACACCAGGAGCUGGUUCUAGAGGCUGUGGAUCUCCUGUGUGCACUGAACUAUGGCCUUGAAACAGACAAUAUGAAGAACCUGGUUCUCAAGCUGCGAGCAUCAUCCAACAAUCUGCAAAAUUACAUCAGCAGCCGUAGGAAAAGUUCAAAUUAUGAUGGAAAUACCUCUCGCAAGCCCCCCAAUGAAUUCCUUACUUCUGUGGUAGAGCUUAUUGGUGCUGCUAAAGCCUUGCUUGCAUGGUUGGACAGGACCCCGUUUACAGGUAUUGCUGACUUUUCUUCAAUGAAGAACAGAAUAAUUCAGCUCUGCUUGGAUCUCACUACUACUGUUCAGAAGGAUUGCACUGUCGCUGACAUGGAAGAUAAAGUUCAGGCUGUAGCCAAGACUUUAAAUGGCAUUUGUGAUAAAGCCAUCCGAUCAACUACAGAUCCAUUGAUGAGCCAGUGUGCGUGUCUGGAGGAGGUUCAUUUAACCAACAUUAAACCUGGGGAAGGCCUGGGAAUGUAUAUCAAAUCAACUUAUGAUGGAUUACAUGUAAUUACUGGAACUACAGAAAACUCCCCUGCUGAUCGAUCUCAGAAGAUUCAUGCUGGUGAUGAAGUGAUCCAGGUUAAUCGGCAAACUGUGGUUGGAUGGCAACUAAAAAAUCUGGUGGCAAAGUUGCGAGAGAAUCCUGCUGGAGUCAGGCUGCUGCUUAAGAAACGUCCUACUGGCUCUUUCCAUUUCACUCCUGCUCCACUAAAGAACCUGCGCUGGAAACCACCCUUGGUGCAGACCAGUCCUCCGCCAACUUCAACCCAGUCACCAGAAAGCAUCAUGGAUACCUCACUGAAAAAAGAGAAGCCAGCCAUUUUGGAUCUGUACAUACCACCUCCACCAGCUGUUCCAUAUUCUCCUCGAGAUGAAAAGGGGAGUUCUGUAUAUGGAGGAGGCAACAAACCCAGUCAUCCACCACCUGGGUCCAAGGGCGCCGAGUCUCCCAAUUCUUUUCUGGAUCAGGAGAGUCGACGGCGAAGGUUUACUAUUGCUGAUUCAGAUCAGUUGCCUGGGUAUCCCAUAGAAGCAAAUGUCCUACCAGCCAAGAUGAGGGAAAAAACACAGUCCUAUGGAAAACCUCGUCCUUUGUCAAUGCCUGCUGAUGGAAGCUGGAUAGGAGCUGCAGAACCCUUCUCUAGGCCACGAGCACCAGGGAGAAAAGGCAAGGAUGCCCUCUGCAGGUACUUCAGUAAUGAAAGGAUACCCCCAAUCAUUGAAGAAAGCCCUGCCUCACAACACCCCCUCUCAAGGCCUGUGUCUGACAAGCAUUUAGUGAGGGGAAUGGAUUAUAUUCGAGGCAGCAGGUGUUUUAUGAAUACAGACCUCCACAACAGUGCAACAAUUCCUUUUCAAGAGGAAGGUGCUAAAAAAUCCUCUGUUACAUCAUCCACAAAAUCUUCCUCCGCAGAGCCCUCACUGCUGGUCAGUUGGAUCACGAGACUGAAAUUGUUGACUCAUUGACUAUUGUUCACAGGACUGUUACCAAGUGCCUUUGCUCAUUGGUCGGACUUGUCUACUUUUCAGCUUAACUGAUGCACAGUGACUAAUGCGGUGUUCUUUUCCUGGAGAAUCUUACAUAUUUGCCUUUUUGUUUGUGAUUUUUGAUGGAUCAGAGGGUUUCAUAGUGCAAGGAGGGAAGAAAGAUAAAGAUCAAGUUCCUCUUCCUGGCCAAAAGCUGAGGGCAUUUAUUCCCCUGGAAAUGAUUAAAAUUUCAGUGAUAGAGAGGCCACACAUGACCUGAAAUAUGCGUAAUGGCUCAGAGGAAAUCAUUGUGUUACCAUAAAGUCCAGUGGCACUUCAGUUGUCUGAAUGAUCAGAGGCUGGUGUGACUGGCUGGGUGUCGGAGUAUGUAGAGCUCAGCAAAAGUUGUGUUACUCUCCUGACCAGGAAAGAUAAGCAGGGAAGCAGCAGUUUCAUGCAACUUAGUGAUGCUGUUCAAGUACUGCAUGAGAUCAACCUUGUGAGGAAGAAGUAGUAGUGUUGUUGUUCUUUCUCUGAUAUCCAGAGAUCUUAGGAAGUCCUAGGAAGAAAGUUCUCUUAUUCAGAGAUCUUAGGAAGUUGGACUAAUUUAAUUAUAAAUCAAUCCAAGCUGAUAUAUAAUCCAUUUUAUUGAAAUCACAGUACAAAUAACGCUGAACAACUGCAGUACUCAUCUGUAAAGAUAUAUGGAUUGCUACAACAUGCCAAGGAAAUGCAUCUGUAGAGGUGGUGAAAGAAUAUAUAUUUUUUUCCUUAAUUGUUUAAGAAUGACUUGCUGUUAACCAAAGUAAGCUUUUAAAGACAGUCCUCUUGGACUUACAAGAACAUUUACAGUGGUUCAGUUUUUGAAUAAUUUGUUGUUUUUAUGGAAAAAUAUGUGCUAUGAUACAUUAUAGUUGUAAGAUACCUUGCUAUUUUCUAUAUAGCUCAAAUUUUCCCCCCUCCAGAAUUCUAAAGUAGCCUUGGGUAUUUUGGGAGGAAAAUAAAACUUGUUUAACAAAAGAGGAUAUUAAAGAGGUAUUGUUUAAAAUUGAAUGUAUAUAAGAUUGUUAGUAUGCAAACAGUUGUGUUUAAAGUAAUUUAAAUGUUAAAUAUAGUUGUAUAUAUUUUUUACACUUAAACAGAUACAAUUUGUACCUUCCUGUCUGUGCUGCUGGGCACAGAUUAGCCAAAUGAAAAGAAAAAGAAAGUCUUCUGUAUUCCCUGCUAA